CUUUGAGUAGAUUUUAUCUGAUGAAAUUGGCACUGAUGAAUAAUUGAUGUUAUGAAAUCUCCUCGUCUUUCUGCUUUUUACAAUGUGUUACUGAAUUAAAACGUUUCUAAUUGUGGUCGGUAAUAAUGUUCGAGCAUCAUAUGAAUAGCAAUGAAACUGGUUUGAAUGGAUUAGCUCAAUUUAAUCAGAGUGCCAUAGAUGACCAUAGCAAUGAGCUGAUUAAAUGCAGUGAGGAUAGCAAUAUUGUAUCCAUAGACAGAAACAGCCUAAUUCAGGGUGUUGAGUUGGAUUGUGUGGUGUAUUUGGUGGGCGGCGAGAACAAGUUCGGAUUCUCUCUCUUCGGCGCUAACAGUGCCAGUCGCUUCCCAACUGUCGACGGAAUAUCUCGCAACAGUGCAGUAUCACGUGCGGACGUGCGAGUGGGGGACGAAGUAUUAGCAGUGAACGGAGCCACUCUCCGCCACUCUACUCACGAACACAUCAUCACAUCCAUUCACAAGAGCAUCCAAAACAGAGAACUAACGUUGAGACUAAAGCGACCAGCUGAAAGUUUUCCAACUUCGAAAACAAAUCAAUUAGGAGCUAUCAAUUUAGUAUCCGAAGAAGACUCAUUACCAGCUAGAAACGUUUUAUCAGUUCCAGUCUAUAAUAGUUUAAAGAGCCAACUCCAAACCACCUCCUUUCCAGACAACGAGACCAAAUCAGAAGAUAUCGAACCAAGUUUUUCAAGUUUCAAACCAAGACGACCUUCCAUCCAACUUCACACGCAAGAAAAGUCCCUCCCUUGCCAAGCGAGUGAUAGGCCGGAUCCCCCGUCUCCCAACCACUCUGAGAGAAGCAGCAGCCAGCAUUCGGUCACUUCUUUCUCAUCUGCCAGAUCAGUUACCAAAAUACCCUCUGCCCAAAUACACAAUUGGCAACAUCCCAGUCCUUCUUCACCUCCUAAUUUAAGCCCAGCCGGCUCAGAUUUAUUGAAUUGCUCAGCGCGCCAAAGUCGAAGUGAACCAGGAUACAUUGACGUAAACGGCUCAGUGAACCAGAAUACAAAUACCGCAACUCCUAAUCCUCAUCGCACAGAUACAGAACUCGAAAAUAAUUCUGAUCCGGAGGCAAAAGAGGAAAAAACAACAACAGAGUCGAAUAAAAUUAAUCAAGACGGAGACGACAGUGCCUCCGAAGCCUCAGAUUCUCUGAACGAGUCGCAGAUCCCACCUGCAUCAUUGCUGAAGAGCUGGGAUAGUGGAGACACUCUACACCUCAUAGGGCUAUCUCAAGAAGAGAACAAUUUGUGUAACAGUAGUAAUAACCGUAACAGUGUUCAAGAUAGUGGGCUUACCAAUGGACUUACAAAUCACGAAGAGCUAAACCAGUUGUCAACUUAUAAAAGACGGUACAAAAAGAAGAACGAAUCACUGGGAAGCAGAAAUACUUUGGAGUCGGUCAGAUCACAAUUCUCACAGCGUUUGAAAUUGGAAUCAUCUGACACAAAUCAACAAUUAGCUAGUUCUGACCAAAAUACACUCGAUUUUGAUUUGAACAGACCUUCGAAUUACCCCAAAAACAGCAAUCUGACUGCAGGCGAGGAAAUAGAAAUGCAGACCAUGAAUGCUCCCGUCAUGGCCUCGCAUCAUCAUCAUGGCUUCUCUGAUGUGGACUUCAUGCGAACUUCAGAGCCUGUCCUGUCCCGAACGCCCUUCAUAGAAGCCCAAAGAGGGAGGAAACCCUAUAAGGACCAGUUUACAAUUUAUAACGGGUUCGAUCACCGAAUGAGUCAGGCCAAUGAUACCAGAGUCAUGCAUGCUAGUAAUGAUUAUAAUGACUAUAGAGAGAUGCCAAUUGAUGUUCCUGGUGUGGAUCCCAAUUCUCUUGUAUAUAACCACGGCCCACCUCGAACUCCUAGCACAUUUUACUCAGAUCCCAAUCACUACAGCCCUCCUAAUUACCACGGACAUGAGAGGAGACCCGAGAAGAUGUCUCAAGGCGUGAAUAAAGGGACUACUGGACCAAACAGGAACCCGUUUGCAAAUCCCAAUAGUGGCAGUAGUCCUCAGAUGUUCUUCGACGAGAGACUGACCGAGACCACGUCAGUAGGAGGGGCCAUCGAAUCUCCGGACGAAGAGGCCAGACGAGUAUUGGUACAGAGCAGUAAUAACCAGUUUCAUGCUGGCAGCUACCAAUACCAACUACCGCCCUCGUACUCCUCCGCCGAGCAGAGGAGAGCCCACCAGUCUUCGAUGCACUCGGGCGAUGUCCCCAAUGUAUCUGCUGGCUUUUAUUCUGAGAUGGCAACGGUAGAAAGAGACAACAGUCUCAGUAAGCGAGGCGGAAACAUGAAACAAGACAUGCAAUACACUGAACUAGACUUCUCCCAGAUUCCUAAUUUGGUGAGUAGUCUUCCUGCCCAACACCAGCAAGACAGGGACUCCCUUACCCUGCAGAGUGCACUGAGCAGUGAGGCCUUCAAGAGGUCUCUAGUUCACUUCGACGCCAUCAACAGAGUGUCUAACAACAUAAACUACACAAAUAACAGUAACAGUAGGGCCAACCGUUCAGUUGCGUCUCCUGCCAGACCAUUCAGUGGACAUAGUAGUGGCAUGGGCAGUGGGCGUGGCUUGAUAGACGAAGACGAGGAUGACGAAGACAGGGCGAGCAGUGUGUUUGGGGAGAGACUGUUCACGCCCCCAGUUGGACAGGGCAGUAGUUUAGUCUCAUCCCCAGCCACCAGUCGCACAGGGGGAGGGGGAGGGGGAGUCAAUGUCAGACCAGUGACCCAGAACUCACUGCCUACCUCACAACAGAUCCAAGAUGCUAUUAAAAAUGGCCAGCGAGGCGCAGGAGGCAUUGACAGUGAGACAGGAAUUGAGUUGUAUCGGAUUCUGGACGAGGAGAACAUACAGGCAGUGCUCAAAGCCCACGACCAGCUGGCGGCAAACAACAGCAGAGCGGCUGCCGGAGCAAUAAGACAGCAGUUUGCAGAUGAACAACAUGGUCGUCCUGUCGUGACUUCAUUCGCUGCUGCUAACAGUAACGGACACUUAACUCCAAGACAGGAGAAAUCACUGCUGUCAUUGCGCGCCUUCUCUGUGAAUGGAGGAGGCAGUGGUGUCAAUGGACCCCCCACUGAGAGCAGUUUGAUGAGUGGGAGUGAGCCUCCCCCUGAGGUAGUGGACAGAGGAGAGAUGCGCUUGGUGAUUCUACAGAAGAGCGAUCACCCUCUAGGCGCCACUAUACUUAAAGACGGAGAUCUCAUCCGUAUAGGCAGAGUGGUCAAGGGCGGUGUCAUCGAGACCUCAGGUGUGAUGAAGGAGGGCGAUGAAUUGGUGAAGAUCAACGACAUUGAGUUGAGCAGGAUGAGUAUAGACGACGUGUGUGACCUGCUGGCCUCUCUGACAGGCAGAGUCCACUUCCUCCUCAGACCCAAACACACCACCCACACUAAAAACGGAGUUGGAGGUGGCAAUCCGGGAUCACCAAUGGACACUUUGGAGAUGCUGAAGGCGUCUAGAACUGACACGGCUACGUCCAUAUUCGACGAACAAGUGCUUCACGUGCGGGCGUUGUUCGACUUCGACCCGGAAGAUGACGAGUAUGUUCCGUGCAGGGAAUUGGGCAUUCCUUUCGACAGAGGCACAGUGUUACAUGUGAUGAACACCCAGGAUGCAAACUGGUGGCAGGCGUUCCCAGAUCACGUGAUAGGUCUCUCUGCUGCAGGAGGGGCGACAGGAACGGACAGUGAAAGUGCAAUGACGGGAUCUCUUUUGGCGAUCCAGAGCCAAAACUCACUCGCGGGUCUCAUUCCAUCUCACAAGUUCUGGAAAAAAAGAGAAGCGCUGCGACUGAUGAUAGAGACUACAAACCAGCACCACGAGUCCAUGAACGAAUCUAGUUCCAGAAGAGGGGGUGGUGCAUUGUGCUGCGGGUCAGGGGCGAGGGGGAGGAGGGGUAACAAUAGAGUGGAGAGUAGAUUGGGCGGGGGACCUCAAGUGAACCCUAGUGCCAUUCAAGUGCUCAGCUACGAAGAGGUGGGGCUGUACCGCCCAGAGACUGGAGUUCCUCGACCUGUGGUGCUGGUCGGUCCCUCCAAGAUAGGCAGACUGGAUCUAAGACAGAGACUAGUGUCCAAACAACCACACGCAUUCGCUGCCGCAGUGCCACACACCACCAGGGCGCCUAAGCCGAGUGAGCGGGACGGAGUUGACUACCAUUUUGUGAACAAACAAGUAUUCAGGGCCAAGUUGGAUGAGGGAGAGAUACUGGACCACUAUGAGGUGGAACGACAUCUGUACGGCACCUCAGUCUCUGCCAUCAGGACAGUUGCCAGAAACAACAAAGCCUGCAUGCUCUGUCUACACCCAAAGACAAUAGCGGGUCUGCGGAAUGCACUAGUGAUGCCCUUCGUAGUCUUCAUAGCCCCACCCGGAUUCGAACAGCUGCGCAUUGUGUCCAGAGACAUGGGAAACACCCUUAGGGACAAUGAGUUGAGAGCGGUGAUAGAGGAGGCUAGAGUUAUGGACUUGCAGUAUGGACACUUGUUCGAUGACGUCAUAGUCAAUAACGGUCUGGAAGAGUGUGUCCAUCAGCUGUCCAUGCUCUGUGACAAAGUACGCACUGAGCCACAAUGGGUGCCAGUCCAGUGGCUAGGAAAACAACCCUCCCCCAUUCUACAUGAGGACGAACACUAAUGGGGUGCAUGUGCAAUCACCAUCUCGCAGGAGAAAAAUUAACUAAAAGAAGAGAAUUCAACUUGGCAUCAAUGUUCGUUUGCUCUCACCCUUGCCUAUUACAAUGCAGUGAACGAUAACUUAUGAACGAUAGGGAAUGGUAAAAUUUCAAACCUGCAAACGAUAAGUCAAUUAUUACGGCGAUGCGUUCUCGAAGUCAUCAAAGUACACUUGAAAAACUAACAGCUGAGAAGUAAAUCUGUUCAAUAUGAUAUUUCAUCUGUUGAAAAGUCGAAGGUCGUUCUGUUUCGUUUUGACAAGUUCGCAUUCGUGGAGGGAAGUGAACCUUAUUGUGAGAAUUUAUUGUAAAUUUAAUGUAAGUUGAAAAUUUGUAACUUUCGCUUUUUAAAAAAUCUGUGCAAUUUAGCUCGAUUUUCGGUUUCUGAUUCCCUUGAGCAAAUUUUGCUCUAAUCCUGUCAUUUUUAUCGCAAAACUCAUAUCAUUUCAAGGUCAUUCCGCUAGCAAAAUUUAUCUUAACUGUUUUUAUUGAUUAAACAAAUUGUUUAUUAAUUAAAAUAUUUAGUUGCAUUUUGUUCAAAUGUGCCUUUGUAUAACCUGAAAUAUCAAAUUGUAAGAUAUAUUAGAAGACUUCAGAUGUUUCAAAUUCCAUCAAUAUAAUUGAUUA